AUGGUCGGGCGACGACGGCUUCAGCGCCGUCGUCGCGUGCUUCGAAGCUGGCUUGCCAGGCCUGCUAAUCACUUCUUCCCGCUCGCCGGCCGCAUCGCGAGUAACCCGUGUUCGGGGCUCCCGGAGCUCCAUUGCGGCAACCAAGGAGCGGAGCUCGUGGUCGGAGAGGCCCGCGUCGCCCUCGCGAGCCUGGACUACAGCACGCAGGCGGCGUCGCUGGAGAGGAUCGUGCUGCCAUACGGCGGCGAGGACGACGGCGUGGCCCUGUCAGUGCAGCUGGUGUCGUUCGCGUGCGGUGGCUUCGCCGUGUCGUGGUGCACUGACCAUGUCCUCGUCGACGGUACCGCGCUCUGCAUGCUAGUCGGCGCGUGGUCCGAGCUCGCGCGGUCGGGGACGCUCGCCGUGGGAUCCCAGCCGAACCACGACCGCUCGGUGUUCCGGCCUCGCGCGCCGCCGUCCUACGGCGCGGCACUGGACGAGUCGUUCACGCCGUUGCCGGACGCCCACGACCCCAGCAACCGGCAGCAGGUCGACGACGGCGACAACAGCAUCGUCAAGCGCCUCUACUACGUGGAGGCGCGCGACGUCGCACGCCUGCGCGACGCGGCGACUAGCCGGGACCGGGAGGGCCAGCGCGCGGCGUCAUGCGUGGAGGCGGUCUCGGCCUACCUCUGGAAGGCCCUCGCCGGGUUCGUCGUGGGCACAGCCCACGACCGCUGCAGCGUGGGACUGGUCGUCGACGGGCGCCGGCGGUUCACGUCCCCCGGCCUCCGGGCGUACAUGCGCAGCUACGUCGGCAACGUCAGCACCCUGGUGGUCAGGGAGGCGAGCGCACAGGAGCUCGUGCGGACGCCCCUGCCAGAGGUGGCGGCGAUGGUGCGCGAGGCGGUCUCAGCGCCGGCGUACGACGAGCACUUCCAGGAGCUGGUCGACUGGGUGGAGGAGCACAAGGGGCCGAGGCGGUACGCUCAGACGGCGUCCCAGGGGCUGGGAAGUCCGGCGGUGAUCAUCUCGAGCUUCUUGGGUGUCAACACGGACUUUGGCUUCGGCCAUGCUGCGGUGAUGCUACCGAUGGCUGCCGCGAGGCUCUCGUCAGGGUUCGUGCGGAUCAUGGCGGCGCCAGGGGGCCGUGGAUCGUCGUGGAUUGUCGGCGCCUCGUUACGGCCGCGGCUCGCUGCGGCACUCAUCGACUCCGUCAUCUUCAAACCUCUCACGGCGGAGCACCUUGGGCUGCGGCUGCUCGCUACCCAAGACCGCAAGAGUCGGCUUUGA